AUGUCAUCAGAUUUAGCUGCAGAACUAGGUUUUGAUCCUACUUUGAAGAAGAAGAAGAAGGCAAAGAAGGUCGCACCAGAAAGCUUUGAUAAUAUAACCAACGAACCAUCAGAAGCCACUAAUGGUGAUGAUUUAUUCGCAGGCCUAAAGAAAAAGAAGAAGAAGGCUAAGGCCCCAGCAUUCGAAGCUGAAAAUGGCGACAAUACCACCGACGAUAUCACAGAAGCUCUUGGAGAGUUGUCGUUGAAAAAGAAAAAGAAGAAGACUAAAGAUGUUGCAUUAGACGAUUUUGAAAAGGAAUUAGCUAAAGCUGGUGUCACCUCAGAAAGUAAAGAAACUACCCCACAGAACAUUUCCGUCGUUCAACAAGAAGCCGGUUUACCAUAUGAUAAGUUACUAUCCAGAUUUUUCAAUAUUUUAAGAACUAAUAACCCUGAAUUGGCUGGUGACAGAUCAGGUCCUAAAUUCAGAAUUCCUCCACCAGUUUGUUUACGUGAUGGUAAAAAGACCAUCUUCGCCAAUAUCCAAGAUAUCUCUGAAAAAUUACAAAGAUCUCCAGAACAUUUAAUUCAAUAUCUUUUCGCAGAAUUGGGUACGUCCGGUUCUGUUGAUGGUCAAAAGAGAUUGGUUAUUAAAGGUAAAUUUUUGUCCAAACAAAUGGAAAAUGUUCUAAGAAGAUAUAUCAUCGAAUACGUUACAUGUAAGACAUGUAAGAGCAUUAACACUGAGUUGAAGAAAGAACAAUCCAAUAGAUUAUUCUUCAUGGUCUGUAAAAGUUGUGGUUCUACCAGAUCCGUUUCCUCUAUCAAGACAGGUUUCCAAGCUACUGUCGGUAAGAGAAGGAGGAUGUGA